ACGCCAUUUAAGGGAGCAGCAAUCCCAUACCGGCCCAAAGUCUCCUCUUGUCAGUCUUCGGGAUCGGCUGUGCUUUUUUCUAGCGGCAGCGAAACGCCUCCUGGCCCCAUUCUUAGCCAAGCAAGUGGCAGAAGCACCUGUCUUGAUGCCAAUUCUGAAGUCGGCCACAGUGGCAGCGGCAUUAUCUGCCCUACUUCCGCUGGCCAAAGUGGCUUGCUAAUUCAGUGCGCUAGCCAGCAUAGUGCGUCCACUCUUAGGCCGAUCUCGCCUAUUGGUCUCCAACCAGGCCCGGCUGAAACUUCGGCUGCUGCCUGU